GACGCUCUUCUGUUUCCAAGCGCAACCCAGAAGCACAACAAGGCUGUUCUCGCUAACGUUCAUUGCAAAUCUUCUAGUCAUCCACAGCAUUCCCAGUCUGUUUUCAUUACGGUGCCUUAUUCAAAGGCAUAGUCGGCAUAUUCGAACCAUAUGUUAACGGUCUAUCUUUAAUUCUCGUUAGUUUUUUCUUCUUGUCACGUUUAAACUCUUUUCUGCAUCACUCUGCUGUUAUGGCUGAUUUUGGGUUUAAUGAGCAUCAUCAGAAUGAGGUGAUAAACUACAUGCGCUUUGCCCGUUCUAAACGGGCACUGAGAUUAAAGACAGUCGACUCCUGCUUCCAAGACCUGAAGGACAGUAGGCUCAUGGAAGAGACGUAUACGGUGGACGAGGUAUCUGACAUGCUGAACGGGCUGCAGGUGCUGGUGCGUGGAGAAGUGGAGAUGGAACUCAUAAACACGGCUCACACUAAUGUGCUGCUGCUGCGACAACUCUUUUCCCAGGCAGAGAAAUUCUACCUAAGACUGCAAACAGACAUUUCUGAGCUGGAGAACAGAGAGUUACUGGAGCAAGUAGCUGAAUUUGAGAAGACUGAUUUUAAAGCCAACAUCAAGGUAAAUCAGGAGUCUAGUAAGCCAAAACUAGCACCACUGAAUGAAGGAGGUGUGUCUGAACUACUUCAGAAGGAGAUUUCCAGACUACAAGAGGACAAUGACAAAUUGAAAGCUAGACUUAGAACUUUGGAAUCUCAGGCUUUGAGCGCUCUGGAUGAGAAGUCCAAAGCAGAGAGAGCCUUAAAAAACCUUCAGAAGAGCCAAGGAGAUCAACAGUCUGCAAUAUAUGCUCAGGAGAUCGCAAAUCUGGAAGGCACAGUUGCAGCGAUGCAGGCUGACUUUGAAAAGACCCUGAAUGCCAAUGCAGCUUCUCAGAAAGACCUGCAGGACAGCCUGGUAUCUGCUAAACAUGACCUGCUCCGCAUCCAGGAGCAGCUUUCCCUUGCUGAAAAGGAACUGGAGAAAAAAUUUCAGCAGACGGCUGCUUACCGCAACAUGAAGGACAUUCUCACUAAAAAGAAUGAACAGAUUAAAGAUCUGAGAAAAAGAUUACAAAGGUAUGAAUCAGAUGAGUGAACAUUUAACCCACAAGGACACACAUGAAGAGGUCAACAGAGAUUAUCACUACUGCAUCUGAUGUAUCUGCUACACCUUGUUGUACGGUUUAGUGGUGUACAGUGGAUUAGAAAUAUUAUUUGGACAAGACACUACAAUUGUUUAGUUAUUCAUCACCUCUCUGUAUUCUUUAGUGUUUACAGCUAGUUACCUGAGAUGAGGUUUUGUAAGUACCCUCAUGUUUUUUGUGGGUUCACUUUGCUUAAGAAGAAAUGUAUUUCCCAAGGCUUUCCUCUCUUCUUUCCUGGAAAAAUACAGCUCACCACUGUUGUCAGAUUCUUGUUUCCUGGUACAGCAUUCAUUGUUUCAAAAAACGACAUCUUAAUUCUAAUAAUAAUUCAUUCUUUCUGUUUAUAUUUGUAUGCAUACAUUAAUCUUAUUAAUCCACUAUGUUGUGUGUAUAUAAUUUUAUAAUUAAGAACAGCCCUAUGUAUAUUUAAAAAAAUCUUUGUAGUGAAAAUCAAGUCAAAUCACCUUUAUUUAUAUAAUCCUUUAUACAAUCCAGAUUGGUUCAAAGCAGCUUUACAGUGUUAAAGAUGAAAAUAGUGUGCUGAUAAUGUAGGAGAACAAUAGUAAACAAUCAGUUUUUCAGUCAGUUCAUUAUUGAUUUAGUGCAAUCAAGCCAACAAUAUUGCCACAAAUAAAGUGUCCCCAACUAAGCAAGCCAAAUGCAACCAAAACUCCAUCAGUGACAGAAAUUGAGAAAAAAAAAAAAAAAAAAAAAAAAAAACCUUGGGAAAAAAACAGGCUUAGUCAAGGGGACAAUUCUCCUCUGGCCAGACGAAACCAGCAACAUAUGGUUUAAUUCCAGGCUGCAACGCAAAUCAGAUUGAGCAGAUGACUUCUCGUGGUUUUGUGCCGAUGGCCAUCUAGUUAACGAGAUCUUUGCAGACAGAUCUCUGUUUGAAGGAAUAGUUCACCCAGAAAUGAAAAUGUAGGGAAAAUUUUGCAUUACAUCACUUGCUCAGCAAUUGUCACUUUGCAGUGAGUGGGUGUCAUCAAAAAAGAUGAUCAAUUAACGAAUUGUGGAGUGAAAAGCCUGUUUUUAAGAAACAAAAAUAUACACUUGAUCUGUCUAUAUUUCUCUCAUGAUUCAGAUGAGACAACUUUUUCACCAGGGAAAUGAAUAUUAUGGACAGUGGACUCUUACAAGAAUAAUGAUGGAAUUGUUUCUUACAAAUACACAGCUUCAUAAGAUGUUAACUGAUGAACUGGAGUCCUGUGGAUUACUUGUGGAUUGUUGCAAUGCUUUUAUUACCUGUUAGGACUCUCAUUCUGACCCAGUGCAUUUACUGCAGAUGAUCCAUUGGUCAGUAAGCGAAGCUAAAUGUUUCCAGAUCUGUUCUGAUGAUCGAACAAACAGGUCUUGGAUUGCCUGAGGUGUGAGUAAAUAUAUUCAGCAAAUGUCCAUUUUUGGGUAAACUAUUCCUUUAAUGUUAAUUAUUUUAUUUGAUUUUCCUGAUUUUUAAUUAUUUUAUUUAAUUUUCCUGAUACAGAAUGACUACUUGUGUUACAGAUAUGUUUAUUGCUGUUUUAACUGACGCUACCUGUGAGUGGAGUCUGUUAUCGUGCAAAUGUAAUAUUCUAGUAAUGUAAUAUUAGUCUGAAAUGCAGUCAUUCACAUCAGCUCAUAAAGUCUGCUUUUUACAGCAUUUGUGGUCUUAAUUAUCAUUAUUUUUCAUUAUAGCUGCCUAAUGUCUUAGCAUUAUAUAGUUGCCAUUAUUUGC